AUGGCUUCCCGCAUCGCCCGUAGCGCCGCCCAAACUUGGUUCUCCGACCCUGCGACGUACCCCAUCAUUGGCAUCAUGGUGUUUGCGGGCUCCAUGGCCACCUUCGAAGGCGUGCGGUACUUGACGGCGAGCCCGGACGUGGCCUUCAGCAAGGAGAAGCGGUCCCACAUUGACUUGCGCUCGUCGGAAGACGGCGCUGCGUUCCGGUCCCACCGUAUCACCGCGGCCACGCUCAAGCUGAACCCGAUCACUCGCGAGACCGCAUAUCAAGCGUUCAAGACGCGCAACCUCUAG